UAAGCUACAAGAUGGAAUCAUAACAAUGUGAGCUUGACAAAAUGGCGGCGAGUAUUAAUCAGUUACUGAUUGUCGUUGUUGUUAUCGUUGGGUUAUCACAGCAGAUUUAUCUGGGUGGUGAUCCGAAUGGAGAAUGCUUGUAUUUGUGUUACGAUGAUGAGUGUGAAGCUAUGUUGGUUGCCUAUGAAAUUGAUGGCGGUUGUUAUGUAAGAUUGGAAGGCGGAGAUUAUACCAGCGCGAAAUUACAAAAGUUUAAUGUGAGUGGAGAUUAUCAGGAUGGGGAAGCUUUGGUGAUUUUUGGUGAUUAUGAAGGAGAAUUUGAGGUUACAAUUCAGAAAAUCAUAAAUCGGACAGAACAAGAUAAAGAAAAACGUGAAAACCGUACAGAAGCCUUCCGGAAUCGUAAAUCCCAUCGAAAAAGCGGUAUUGUUGAAACUUUGAAGCGGAAAGCUGUCCAACACAAACGAAGACAUGCAACACCUGAUGAAAUAAAGCAAAGUUUCAGAAAAGGAUUAAGCGAUUGGAGAAAAAUCAAACGAGGUGCGAAAAUGUUAAAGAACGAGAUGAACGCGGAGGAUUUCCACGCGGAAGCAGAAAGUGUAGAUGUGGAUCCCUGUCCAAUCUUGUAAAUUGUUAUACAAAGCAGAUACUAUGGAAUAAAAAUGUCAAUAAAGAUUUACGAAAUUA